UGCUUGUGCUGUCUGUGCUUACGUUGCUAGCAGUAGGUUUGUGUGAACCGUGCAUUUUGUCGUGGGGCCAACAUGGAGAAGCCGGUCCAGGAUGGCUGGUUCCGGGAGACUUGCAGCUUGUGGCCCGGCCAGGCCUUAUCACUGGAAGUGGAAGAGGUGCUUUAUCAUCAACGCUCCCCGUUUCAAGAGAUCCUGGUCUUGAGAAGCAAGACAUAUGGAAAUGUUCUCGUUCUGGAUGGGCUUAUUCAGUGCACAGAACGAGAUGAAUUUUCCUACCAGGAAAUGAUAGCAAAUCUUCCCCUCUGCAGCCACCCAAACCCGCGGAAGGUGCUAAUUAUAGGUGGUGGCGAUGGUGGAGUUCUGAGAGAGGUUGUUAAACAUCCAUCUGUAGAGAGUGUGGUGCAGUGUGAGAUAGAUGAGGAAGUGAUCAAUGUCUCAAAGAAGUACCUUCCUGGAAUGGCCAUUGGGUAUUCCAGUCCAAAGUUAACUUUGCAUGUUGGAGAUGGCUUUCAGUUCAUGAAACAGAACCAAGAUGCAUUUGAUAUAAUCAUCACAGACUCUUCAGAUCCCGUAGGUCCUGCUGAAAGUCUUUUUAAAGAAUCUUAUUAUCAGCUAAUGAAGACUGCGCUCAGAGAAGGUGGCAUCCUCUGCUGUCAAGGUGAGUGUCAGUGGCUUCACCUUGACCUCAUUAAGGAGAUGAAUCAGUUCUGUAAGACACUUUUCCCUGUGGUGGAAUACGCAUACUGCACUAUACCAACUUAUCCCAGCGGACAGAUUGGCUUUAUGCUCUGCAGUAAGAACCCUAGCACAAAUUUCAAGGAACCUGUGCAGCAGCUUUCACAAGAGCAGGUGGACAAAAUGAACCUCAGAUAUUAUAACUCCAGCAUUCACCGGGCAGCAUUUGUUCUUCCAGAGUUUACAAGAAAAGCACUCAGUGAUGUAUGAGAUCCAGCAGAGCUGUUGUAUUCUCUCUUUGCAAAAUCCAUGCUUUUUACCUGAUGAAACAAAAUCUACUGUGCUUAGGAGGCAGAACCUGGUCUUUUAUAGCUGUUAACUGUAUUUCAGUCCUGGGAAAUGUUAUGAAACGUUUUCUUGCCUCUCAGGCUUAAACUAUGGGUACAGUGUAUUACAUAAUCUGUGCAUGCCAUUUUUCUCUUAAAUAAUACAAAUGCUUACAGUGGAAGGGGGGCAGUGAUAUCUCUUAAUGCAAUGCAUUUCCCCUUGUCAUGCCAGGCUGAUGUAAAGCCUCCUUGGCAUAUUUACCUACAAAGCUGUCUUAUGUCUAUGUAGUUUUUAUACUUAAUACUAUAUCAGGGAUAACCCAGGAUACUGACCCCUUAAGCUGCUAACAUGCCUCCAUCACUCACACCUCUGGGUCCCGUUGCCAGUAAUCUGCAGUGGUGCUGUGGUUAUCGUAUGUUCUCACCAAGUACUUUUGUGUGAAUGUACAAAGCUGGGAAGUUCCAUCCUUUCCUGGUAUAUUAGUAUUAUAUCAGUCCAGAACUGUUAUUACUGGAUGUAAAAUAUUGGUAAAUUCAAGCAUGAUGAAGUGUU